AAGUCACUCAGUUAAGUACUUGAACAUGUCAAGCAACUUUCGCUUUAAUCUCUUUCCACUUUAACUUUAUUGAAGAGCUUUUAUUUUGACUAAUAAUGUCUGUGAAACUCUACCAUUUUCCUAUCAGCGGGCCUUCUCGUGGAGCUCUACUUGCAGCCAGAGCCGUAGAAGCCCCGGUGGAAGUUGAAAUAAUUAAUUUAUUCCAAAAGGAACAGUUCAAAGAAAGUUUUUUGAAAAUAAAUCCUCAGCACUGUAUUCCUACGUUAGACGAUGAUGGGUUCGUUUUAUGGGAGAGUCGUGCUAUUGCAGGCUACUUGGUCGAUAAGUAUGGGAAGGAUGACAGUCUGUAUCCAAAAGAUUUGAAAAAGCGCGCAUUGGUCAAUCAGAGGCUGUAUUUCGAUAGUUCUUCUUUGUAUGUGAAGAUCAGGGCAAUUUGUUUCCCAAUAUUGUUUCUUGGGGAAACAGAAAUAAAAAAGCCGUUGAAGGAUGAUCUGAAUGUUACUCUGGGAUUCUUGGAUCGGUUCCUGAAAGACAGUAAAUGGGUUGCUGGUGACCAACCUACUAUUGCAGACACAUCUAUAUAUGCUUCCGUGAGCAGUAUCCUGGCUGUUGGUUGGGACAUAUCUGAAUUCCCAUCCAUUGUAAGAUGGGUAGAUCAAUGUUCUUCAUUGCCCGGAGCAGCUGAAAAUGAUGAGGGUGCUAAAGCAUUUGGAGAUGCUGUGAAAAAGAAUCUGCAUUAAAAAAAACAUAUUUUGCUAAAAAACAUGUAUAUUGUUACAUAUAUUUUAUAAUAUAUUAUUUUUAUACUUAUUUAAUAUACAACAAAAUGACUGCAAUAUUUUAAA